UCACCCUGAAUACGGCUGGGCACCAUUUUGUAGUACACAAACGACAACGAAGGUGGCACGCCGUUGAGUUGCACUAAAAAGUAAAAUACCUUUUCUUCGGGUUCAGCUUGAUCAUAUUGUCAUGUUGAGAGGAUCUUCUGCUGCAUAAAGGAUAUAUAUUGAGGCAGAGAUGUAGCCAGUGGGAUUCUGAUGGACCAGUACUUCAGACAGGUAGCCAGCAAUCUCAGCCAUGAAAGGUUGAAACUGGGUGAGGAACCAUUGGUUUGUUCAAACCUGUGGUAGAGCUUUUACUUCACAAAGCAUGCAAAGUGAUCUUCACGCCCAUGCAAAGGUGCACACAGAUGAGAAACCAUUCAUUUGCGAGACCUGUGGUAAAGCCUUUACUACACAAAGUCAUCUGUAACGACACGACAGGAUCCACACUGGUGUUAAAUGAUUUUUAUAGUGAGACAUGCGGCCAAACCUUUCGUCGUCACAGAACUCUACACAUUCAUGAGAAACUUCACACUUUUGAGAAACCAUUCGUUUGUGAGAGCUUUGGUUAAAGCUUUGCUCACCAAACUGAUCUUUACCAACAUGACAGGGUUCACACUGGGGAGAAACCGCUUGUUUGUGAGACCUGUGGUAAAGCCGUCACUCACGAAAAUAAUCUAAACAGACUUGAGAGGGUUCACACUGAUGAGAAACCAUUUGUGACACCUGUGAUGAAGCCUUUACUCAUGAAAGUAUUCGGUGUACUUUGUUCAACCUGUGGUAAAGCUUUUACUUCACGAAGUAAUCUUCGCGCCCAUGAAAGGGUGCACAUUGAUGAAAAACCAUUCAUUUGUGAGACCUGUGGUAAAGCCUUUGCGACACAAAGUCAUCUGCAACGACAUGACGGGAUUCACACUGGUGGGAAACGAUUUGUUUGCGAGACCUGUGGUAAAGCCUUUAUUCGGCAAACCUGUCUAAACAACCAUAAAAGGGUUCACACUGGCGAGAAACCAUUCGUUUGUGAGACCUGUGGUAAAGCCUUUAGUCGGCAAACCUAUCUAAACAGCCAUAAAAGUGUUCACACUACUCAGAAACCAUUCGUUUGUGAGACCUGUGGUAAAGCCUUCACUCUUCAAGCCUAUUUAAACAUUCAUGAAAAGGUUCACACUGGUGAGAAACCAUUUGUUUGUAAGACCUGUGGUAAAGCCUUUACUCAGCAAAGUAAUCUAAACACUCAUCAGAGGGUUCACACUGGCGAGAAACCAUUCGUUUGUGAGACCUGUGGUAAAGCCUUUAAUCGGCAAACCUAUCUAAACAACCAUAAAAGUGUGCACUCUACUGAGAAACCAUUCGUUUGUGAUACCUGUGGUAAAGCUUUCACUCUUCAAGCCUAUUUAAACAUUCAUAAAAAGGUUCACACUGGUGAUGAGAAACCAUUCGUUUGUGAGACCUGUGGUAAAGCCUUCCCUCGGAAAACUUGUCUCUACAAACAUAAGAGGGUUCACACUGGUGAGAAACCAUUCGUUUGCAAGACCUGUGGUAAAGCCUUUACUCAGCAAAGUAAUCUCAACAUGCAUAGGAGUGUUCACACUGGUGACAGACCAUUUGUCUGUGACACCUGUGGUAAGGCCUUUACUCGACAAUCCUAUCUUAACAGCCAUAAAAGGGUUGACACUCUUGAGAAACCCUUCAUUUGUAAAGCCUGCGGUAAAAUGUUUACUCAGCAAAGUGAAUGUAGUCUAAGCAUACAUACAUGUAAAAGGGUUCACACUAAUGAGAAACCAUUCACUUGUGAGACCUGUGGUAAAGCCUUUGAUCGGCCAAAUCAUCUCUACAAACAUGAGAGGGUACACACUGGUGAGAAACCAUUCGUUUGUGAGAUUUGUGGUAAAGCCUUUACUCAGCAAAGUAAUCUAAACACACAUGACAGGGUUCACACUGGUGAGAAACCUUUCGUUUGUGAGACCUGUGGUAAAGCCUUUGCAAAACAAAGUCAUCUGCAACGACACGACAGGGUUCACACUGGCGAGAAACCAUUUGUUUGUGAGACCUGUGGUAAAGCCUUUAGUCGGCAAACCUAUCUACACAACCAUAAAAGUGUGCACACUACUGAGAAACCAUUCGAUUGUGAUACCUGUGGUAAAGCCUUCACUCUUCAAGCCAAUUUAAACAUGCACAAAAAGGUUCACACUGGUGAGAAACCAUUCGUUUGUGAGACCUGUGGUAAAGCCUUUACUCAGCAAAGUAAUCUAAACACACAUGAAAGGGUUCACACUGGUGAGAAACCUUUCGUUUGUGAGAUCUGUGGUAAAGCCUUUGCAAAACAAAGUCAUCUGCAACGACACGACAGGGUUCACUCUGGUGAGAAACCAUUCGUUUGUGAGACCUGUGGUAAAGCCUUUCCUCGGAAAACUCAUCUUUACAAACAUAAGAUGGUACACACUGGUGAGAAACCAUGUGUUCGUGAGACCUGUGGUGAAGCCUUUACUCGACAAAGCCAUCUAAAACAUAACAGGGUUCACAUUACUGAGAAACCAUUUGUUUGUGAGACCUGUGGUAGAGCUUUUACUUUUCAAACCAUUUAAACAUCCAUAAAUUGGUUCACA